UAACUAAACUCUUGCAUUAAAGUGAUUAUAAAUCAUCAGAUUAAGUUUAGAAUUGUUGAAAGUGAAUUAAUUAGAAUCACAGGAAAGUAAAGAAAAAGAUUUAAUUCAAGAGUCCGACUCUUUGUAAUGGCGAGACAUGAUUUGAAAAGGAGAGUAAACAGCUGUUCCAUUGACUCGUCCCUACAAACAUAAUUUUUAGAUAGACAAACAAAUAAUAAACCAAAUAUGAUAAUAGACAUCGAGGAUGACAAUAAAAGGGACAGUAAACUCAACAUUAUCAUAUUUUAAUUAAUUAAUCCUAUUCCGAAUCUUUAACAGCAAUCUUUUAAUUAGUUUUUGCCAUUCAUAGGAUCGAUUAUCUUCCAGAGUCUUCUUUAUUUAUCAUUAUUGUUCUUACUCAACAAUUUUCAACCAUGAUUUCUCUUCACAUCAUUAACUUGCGAGUAACCAUUCAAGGAACUGAAAGAAAUAGGUAAAUUGUUUCUUCUUUUACCCUUUACUUAAGUUACACAUUUUCUUGUUCACCUUAACUUCUCAAAUUUUCCCUGUCGUUUUAAAUCUGAAUGUUAUUCAAUUAAAUCAAUGAGGUAACCGGUUUUAUGGUCUAUCUCAGGCUCCUUCGUUUUUAAUGAACCGACUUUCUCGUGUCUUUCUAUUCUCUCUGUCUCAAAUGUAUUCAUUUGUUGUUUUGUUUAUAUCUAUCUGAUAUUUGCACCUCUAUCGUGUAAAAUUGUAUAAAAAUAAUACUGCAAUAUUAAAGUAUCAUUGGUACAUCAUUAUCUUGUGUUCAGUGCAACCUUCUAGUUACACCAGCUUUAUUUUGUUCUUAUUGAAUAUUUACAUCAACCAAGAUGAGGAUUAAUAAGUGACAGUAUUGCCAUAUUAAUUAAGUCAGCCCUUGAGUGACACUUCUUCCAUUUCAUCAUACUUUCUUACUCUUGAAAAUCAUUGACUUCUCAAGCUUUUCGAGUUCUUUUCAUUUGUGUGUUCUCUGGUCAUCGAUUUAAAUUUCCUUUCGCUUUGAACUUGUCGUUUUCAACCAAAACCUGUCAACUUUAAGAUCGUCUAUUUACCUCGGUUCCGAAGGUGUAUUCUUUGACAUUAAACAUCAUAGGUAGUCAAAGAGUUGCAAUCCAAGCUGUAAUAAAUAUCGACAUUUAUCUUGAUGAACCGAAGGUUUAAUUUUGAUUGAAUUUCAUCCUUUCCUACAAGAAUCUAAUCAUUUCAUCGCAUUGAUUCAAGAAUGAGUUGGUGGAGACAGCUACGACUGCUGUUAUGGAAAAACUAUGUGUCACAUCGCAGGCAAAAGCUCCGAGUCAUUGUGGAGAUAUUUUGGCCUCUUCUGUUGAUGGGUAUUCUCAUGUGGGUUCGAACUCGAGGUCUUCGUACAUUUGUCCAUGAAUGUCAUUUUGACCAAAAAGCAUUGCCAUCAGCUGGACUUGCGGAGUUUAUAAAGAGCACAGUUUGUUCAUUCAACAAUACUUGCAAUCCACAAAUAACGGAUGGAAAGUCAGCAAUACCUCUCGAUGAAAGGUCACCUAGUUCUUAUGAACAAGUUGAAAGCAUCCUCAGGACGCAUCUGACGCCUGAGAAUCUGAAAAAUUUUGAAGUUGUAGACAAAGAUUUACAGACAAUUAGCCAACUAACCAAAGUUCUCACAAAUCCUUAUGCAAAGAUUAACCGCUCGGUCAGAUUGAAAGAUCUUUUGAAAAGUGAUAUAAAUUCAACCUUUUCAAUGUAUAAUUUAACCAGCGAGGAAGUUGAUUUUCUAGACUCAACACAAAUCAAUUGGACUCUUAUUCCGCUAAUGUUUAAAUACCAAAAAUUUAAUAUUUUAAACCUUUUUUGUAGUGAAGAAACUGUUUCUGCAGAUAUAUUUAUAUCAAAUAAUUUAGAUCAUGAACAAAUGGUUGAACAGUUGAAAGAAAAAUUCUGUGAUAAUACUAAUUCUAGAAGCACUAUUUCUAAGUCAUUUGAAGCUUUACAGAUAUUUGAUAGACAAGUCCUUCUUAAUGAGAUGUCUUCGGUUGCUAAAGUAGCUGUUGAUCGCAAUUUACAUAUAAAGGAGCUAAAUGGAAUUAGUCAAACGUUUGGUAACAUUGUAUCAGAUAUGGCCAGGAUGAAUCAAUUCAGCAAUUUUUCGACGGAUUUUUCAUAUUACUGGAAUGCUCUUAAAGAUGCCGUCGAUAGUCCAGGAAACAAUACCAUUCGACUUGUGCAAUUAUGGAUUUGUGGCCGCAAUAGCUCCGUACUGUAUGAAAGAUUCUCGGGCGAACCUGGAACGAGACUAGAGGAACUUGGUGAUGAGAUGAAGGAACAUUUAAUUCACAACCGGCAAUCUAAUACAACAGAUUACGUUUAUGAUAAUUCAACCACUCCUGCGUGUAACGAACUAUUUCACUCAUUAGAAGGUGGAAGCAUCACUAAAGUUUUAUGGAAACAAUUGAAACCUUUUAUCCGAGGAAAAAUUAUCUACGCUCCUAAACGUGCCUCAAUCGAAAGAGUUUUGAACAGAGUAAUAAAUUACUUUGAGCCAAUUAAAUUAUUUCACAAUUUCACCAAAGUUUGGCUUAGCGAUCUCAGUCCACGACUUAAUUCAAGUCUCAAAGACCAAUCUUCCAUAAUAAACAACAUAACUAAAUUAAUCCUUUCCAAUAACAUUCCCUUUCUAACUGAUUGGAUUUCUCGUGAGUUCAACAUAAAAUCAAAUGAACAACAAAAUAAUGUUGUCUCUAUUCUGGAUCAACUAAAAAACAUUUCAACCUUUUUAUCAACGAAUGGUCCUUCUAUGUUGGAAACUACGGAUGCUUUUUUAACUAAGCUCAGCACUUAUCUUGAUUGUGUCGAGUUAAACAAAUUAGAAAGUUACAAUACUGAAGAUGAAAUUGUCCGUCGAGGAUUGGAAUUGAUUGCUGAAAACAAAUUAUGGGCAGGAUUAGUUUUUGAAAAUACAAGUUCAAAUUCAUCUGCAUCAAAUGUUACUGAUGAUGAAGAUGUGUUACCACCAUAUGUGAGGUACAAGAUUCGUAUGGAUGCUAGCAAAAUCGAUAGUACAAAAAAGAUUCAAGAUCGUAUACCAACUCCUGGUGCACGUCGACGUCCCGUUGUUGAUCUCAAAUAUCUUACAUUUGGGUUUGCUUAUCUGCAAGAUUUGAUUGAAAAAUCAAUUAUUCGAGAGCACACCAAUAUGUCAACUGACACUGGAAUUUAUCUGCAACAAUUUCCUUACCCAUGUCACAUUUACGACCAGUUCAUCAUGGCUAUUUCACGUUCAUUUCCUAUGUUUAUGGUCCUCUCUUGGGUUUACAAUGCAUCAAUGCUCAUCAAAAGUAUCGUCCACGAAAAAGAACGACGUUUAAAGGAAGUCAUGAAAGUGAUGGGCCUCAGUAAUAGUGUCUUGUGGUCCUCUUGGUUCAUUGAAUCGUUUAUAUUUUUUAUUGCCAGCUCUUUUCUAUUGGUUUUGAUUCUGCAUUAUGGAAAAGUAUUAACUUACAGUGAUCCAGUGAUCGUCUUUAUUUUUUUAAUCUGCUAUUCUAUUUCUGUGAUUACAUCAAGUUUUACCAUUAGCACAGUUUUUGGUAAAGCUAAUAUGGCUGCUGCUGGAGGUGGAAUGAUAUUCUUCAUGACUUAUCUUCCGUAUACUUUUUUGGUAAUGUGGGAUGAAAUAUUACUUCCUCACGAAAAAGCUCUUGGAUGUCUUUUGCCGAAUGUAGCAUUUGGAUUUGGAUGUAAAUAUCUUGCACAUUUUGAAGAGGAAGGUGUUGGCAUUCAAUGGAGUAACAUAGCCAGUAGUCCAAUGCCAAAUGAUGGUUUUAACAUGUUGAAUAUUCUGAAUAUGCUGCUGUUCGAUUCAUUUAUUAAUAUCUUGCUCACUGCUUACAUUGAAGCCGUUUUCCCUGGUCAAUAUGGAGUUCCAAAGCCAUUCUACUUUUUCUUAUUACCUUCUUAUUGGUGCAAAAAUCAAAAGACAAUCGUAAAGGAUGAUCUUUUGCUUAAUCACAAGCUUGAAAAAAAUUCCCAUAUUGAAGAAGAGCCUAAAGAUCUGAAACUCGGAAUAUCAAUUUCCAAUCUAACGAAAGUUUAUUCUGGGGGUAAAGUUGCUGUUGAUAAUUUAAGUCUAAAUUUUUACGAAGGCCAGAUAACUAGUUUUCUCGGUCAUAACGGAGCAGGGAAAACAACUACAAUAUCUAUUUUAACGGGUCUUUUCCCACCAACCUCUGGUACUGCUCAUAUUUAUGGACAAGAUAUUACCACUGACAUGGACUCAGUUAGACAAAGUUUAGGAACUUGCCCGCAAUAUAAUGUUUUAUUCAAUCACCUUACAGUUGUUGAGCAUCUUUGGUUUUAUGCUUCACUAAAAGGUUCAGGAGCUGAAGUUAACCAGGAAAUUGAUGAUUUGAUAAACGAUUUAGGAAUAUCUCACAAAAGAGAUGAGUUUUCUGUAAAUUUAUCUGGUGGAAUGCAAAGGAAACUUUCAAUUGCAAUUGCUUUUGUCGGAGGAUCAAGAACUGUAAUUCUUGAUGAACCAACAGCUGGAGUUGAUCCUUAUUCAAGACGAUCAAUUUGGGAGCUUUUGAUUAAAUACAAGGCUGGCCGUACUGUUAUAUUAACUACUCAUCAUAUGGAUGAAGCAGAUUUGCUCGGCGACAGAAUUGCUGUGAUUGCGAAUGGAAAGUUAAGGUGCGUUGGAUCAUCUUUGUUUUUGAAAGCUCGAUUUGGAAGUGGAUAUUAUCUUACUUUUGUCACAAAAGAUAACUCACUCAAAAAAACGCCCAUCGUUUCGAAAAAUAAUUCCGGCAAUGAUGUGACUGAUUGUGUUAUGGUUCGAAGAAGUAAACCCAAUUCAUCCAAAGAUAGUAGCAAUGAAAACAUUAAUGGAUCAACCCAAGAUCUUUCAGAUUCUAUGAAAAGACUGACAGAAUUUAUUCGAAAUCACAUACCUGAUGCCCAAAUGAUCGAAAAAGUUGGUAGUGAAGCAACUUAUUUGUUACCAACCAAUUCUCAAGAAUCGGGAAGAUUACAAAAGUUAUUGAAAGAACUAGAUGAUAAACUUAUAGAUUUACCAGUAAAAAGCUAUGGAAUCUCAGAUACUCCUUUAGAAGAAGUCUUUCUUCGAGUUACCGGUACUCUUGAAGAUGAUGAAAAAAGAACGCAAAGUUUGGAAGAAGCCGUGGAAAAACUUACAGAAGGUGGUCGUUAUCCUUCGAAAUUAAGACUAAACAGCUUUUUUUGUAAUAAUUUGACAAGAUUAUUUCAACCGACGAGAUGCUUUAACAACUCUCAUAACUCAGUCAGUAGUAGGCCAAGAAGUAGAAGUGACCGCCAAGAAGAUUAUAUACCUGGUCGAGAUGCUUGCUAUAUUCCAAUGCAAGAUUUGAACAACACAGAAAAAAAUCCAUUAACUACUUGGAGGAUUCAAGGCUGGGAACUCAAAAAACGACAAUUCUGGGCACUACAAAGAAAGCGAUUCCAUCAUACUCGUCGUAACACUCGUGCUUUACUUUGUGAGAUUGUAUUACCAGCUUUGCUCAUUUGUGUGUCCAUGUUAUUCACACUCAUUGUACCUCCAAUCCUAGAAGAACCGCAAUUAGAACUCAAACCAUGGUUAUAUGGACCGCCUAAUUACAUAUUUUACACCGACGAUUCAUUAGGUAGCAAUCCUGUUGCUAAAAAUUACGUAAAUGAAUUACUUGGUGACCCAGGAAUAGGCACAAAGUGUGUCCAAGGAAUUCCAGAAAAGUAUCGUUCACUCAAACCUCAAUUGUAUAAAUUUUCUUCGAUUAAAAGAUCUCAAUGGUCUGAUACUUGUGAUUCUCAAGUAACAGACCGAAAUCUAACUUCACCACAAAGCUUGUCGCUACUUAAUAAAUACGUCCAAUGUGAUUGUACUACAGGAACAAUGGAAUGUCCAAAACUUGUGGAUGGGUUUGAUCCUCCCUCUACUCCAAUUAUUUCUGGCGAUAUAAUGUACAAUGCUACUGGACGAAAUGUUUCAGAUUGGUUAAUUAAAACUAGAAAACAACAUUACAAGAAAAUGUAUGGUGGAUUCUCUUUUGCUUUUAGUAGCACAAUGGGUUCAUUCAAUUACACUUCUGUCGAGAAUUUACUUUCAUAUCUCAUCGAUUUAGUCGAUCUCCGUGAAAAUCGUGAAUAUAUUAUGAAAACUUAUUCAAGUUUGACACAAGCUUUAAUCAGACGAGAGUUAUGGAACAAUGUAAAAGUUUGGUUUAAUAAUAAGGGAUGGGCUGCUUCAAUGGCUUACUUGAACGCUGCGAAUAAUGUUAUCCUUCGAGCCAAUUUGCCAGAUAAUGUGGACAAACGUUAUUAUGGUAUCACUGCGAUUAACCAUCCCAUGAAUUUUACUGAGGAUCAGUUGAAGGAUGAAAUGUUCAAACGCGGUGGCCUUUCGCUUUUGCAUUCCAUAACUGUACUGUUUGCCAUGUCUUUUGUUCCUGCAAGUUUUGUUUUGUACCUGAUUGAAGAUAGAGUCUCCGGCUCAAAACAUCUGCAAUUCGUUAGUGGAGUUGAUCCAAAUGUUUAUUGGAUUUCAACAUUUUUAUGGGAUAUGGCCAACUAUAUGAUUCCGACAUUUCUGUGUGUUAUGAUUUUUGUAGCUUUCAAUGUUGAAGCAUACAUACAAUCGCCAAAUAUCUACGGGUUUAUAACUCUUUUAAUUCUUUACGGGUUUGCCACAAUUCCUCUUAUGUAUCCUACUUCAUAUCUUUUUAAAGUUCCAAGCUCGGCUUUUGUCGUUCUAGCAUCAGUCAAUCUUUUUAUUGGAACUGUUAGCACAGUUUCUACUUUUGUGCUCGAAUUAUUUGAUGAUGAUGGACUUCAAUAUGUUGGUAAUUUGCUAAAAAAGGUUUUCCUCAUUUUCCCUCAAUAUUGUUUGGGAAGAGGUUUACUGGAAAUGUCCGCAAAUCACUUAGCUUCUCGAACUUUUGCUAAAUUUGGUGUUUCAUAUGAAAAAAAUCCCUUCAAUUUUACUUAUAUUGGACGUAAUAUGUUGGCCCUGUUUAUUCAGGGAGUCGUUUUCUUUAGAAUUGUUCUAUGGCUUGAAUCGGGUAUUCUUUGGUGGAGGAUGAGAGAGCCUAAAGCACCUAAUGUUGACGAUGACGAGGAAGACGAUGAUGUAGCGGCUGAAAGAGAAAAGAUUAUUGCUGGUUUGGCUUCAGAUAAUGCUCUUAGAGUGGAAAAUUUAACUAAAGUUUACCGAGAAGGACAAUUACCUGCUGUUAACAAACUAUGGAUGAGUGUUGGCUCUGGUGAAUGUUUUGGGUUGUUAGGUGUUAAUGGAGCUGGUAAAACAAGUACCUUCAAAAUGUUAACUGGAGACAUAAAAAUUAGUAGUGGUGAAGCUUAUAUCGCUGGUUUCAGAGUUAAAACUGAAAUGACCAAAGCACGUCAACAUAUUGGGUACUGUCCACAAUUUGAUGCUUUAGAUUCUUUCCUUUCUGGUUGGGAACAUCUCGAAUUUUAUGCUCGUCUUCGUGGAAUCCCGGAAGAACAAAUUAGUAAAGUUGUCCGAUGGUCGAUUAGAAAGUUAGGACUUAGUGAAUACAGUAAUGUGAUUGCAGGAGCUUAUUCUGGAGGAAACAAAAGAAAACUGUCAACUGCAAUUGCUUUAGUUGGUCAACCAUCAAUUGUAUUCUUAGACGAGCCCACAACAGGAAUGGAUCCGAAAGCGAGACGAUUUUUAUGGAACUGUAUUAUUGAUAUUGUCAAAGAUAAAUGUGCUGUUGUAUUAACCUCUCACAGCAUGGAGGAAUGUGAAGCGUUGUGCACACGUUUGGCCAUUAUGGUUAAUGGUCGAUUUAGAUGCUUAGGAAGUACUCAGCAUCUAAAAAAUAAAUUUGGUGAAGGUUAUACGGUUACAAUUAGAGUUGAUAGAGAAGAUGAAAGUAAAAUGAAAGCUCAAUCAUUCAUCGAUACAGCUUUUGGUCAAGAAGCAUCAUUAAAAGAAGUACAUCUAAAUCAAAUGGAAUAUCAAAUUGGUUCUAAAAUUUCAAUCUCAUCAAUUUUUGCUGAACUCGAGAAGGCAAAAAUGGUUGGUAUUUUAAGCGAUUACUCAGUUACUCAAACUACUUUGGAUCAAGUUUUCAUUCGAUUUGCACGAAACCAAAUGGACUCAGCGAAACAAAACAAAAAAUAAAGGAUUUAUAUAUGGAUAUCUCAUUUGUAUAAUAAUGAUAUGUAAUUUUUUGUAAUUUGGCAAUCUCUCUAUUGACUGCCAUCCUCUAACAGUCACUUUUCAUGCGAAUCAUUCUGUAUAUUUAAUUUAUUCGGUUGUGUAUGAAUGAUUAGUCCAUUUUGAUGUACUCUUUUUUAAUCAACUCUUUGCUUACUUUUCUUAAAGUAAAGGUUGGACAAGUAUUUUAACCAAAUACAUAUUUUGAAAGCAGAAAAGUAAUAACAUAUUUUUGCUUUUU